UUACGGCGGAGGCCGAGCCGCGUGGUGAGUGGCUGUAAAGGGUCAGAUGCGACGCCGCGCUCCGCCGCCCAGGCUUGGCCGUCUGGCCCGCCCUUCCCCACGAUGGCGGGCGCCGUGGCUCGGGUUCAGUACCUGGCGGGCUUCCGCUGCCCGCUCGGGGAUCUGGCAGCGGGCAGGCCCCAAGUGCUGCGCCACGAGGCGGAGAUCUUCCUGUCCGCCGGGAGCGAGUUUGUCUACGUGUCCGACCAGGAGGGCGGGCUGCUGACCGUGGCGUACCGGUUCCCCAGCCGGGUGUGGCACAUGGAGCUCUUGGCUCUCCGCCGGGCGCUCUACGUUCUGUGCGCCCAGAAAGGCAUUUACUGCUUGUCGCUGGACCGCCUGAGCAGGUCUAUAAACCAGGUCGACGGAGACAGUGAGGACAGUGAAUUCCUUUCCUCUGUGAUCCCAGUGGGCCCUGAUGCCUGCAUCCUCCCUGAUGCCUCACUGUGUGCUUUCACUGUGCUUGACGGCACACUUAUAACCCUGGUGCAGGGCCCCACCCAGUGGAAGAUGCAGCUGUUUGAGUGUUCCUGUCUAGGGGAGGAUCCCCAGCUGGGAGGCCAAAUUGGUGAGGUGGAGUUGUCUACCUACACCCCUCCAGCUGGGGUCCUGGGGAAACCCGCAGACCCCCACUUCCUCCCAGUGCUGUGCUGUGUGUCACUGCCAGCUUCUAGGUUCCGACACAGCUGCCUCUGGGACUCUGGGAGUCUCACAUUGAAGGAGGCCCUCUUUGGGCUCCUCUUCGGAGCUGAUGCCACCCUCCUGGAGUCACCUGUGAUCCUUUGCGGUCUCCCUGAUGGCCAGCUCUGCUGUAUGGUCCUGAAGGCCCUGGUCACCUCCAGGUCAGCCCCAGGUGACCCUAAAGCCCUUGUUAAGAUCCUCCAUCACCUAGAAGAGCCUGUCAUCUUCAUAGGGGCCUUGAAGACAGAUCCACAAGCUGAGGAGACUGUGGAGGAGACGCCACUGGGUGAUGAUGUGCACUCUGACUGCCUGGUGGCCCUUGGUCACCAUGGCCGGACACUUGCCAUCAAAGCCAGCUGGGACAAGUCUGGGAUUCUGGUGCCAGAGCUUCGGGAGUACUGCCUGCCAGGCCCCGUGCUCUGUGCUGCCUGUGGCAAGGGCAGCCGCCUAUACCACAGCACCCCCUCAGACCUCUGUAUGGUGGACCUUGCUCCAGGAAGCACCCCCUUGGACCCGACAAAGCUUAAUGGGGGCCCAGGAGGCCUGCCCCAUCUGCUGUGCCCAGCCAGUCUGAGCGUCUGCAGCGUCCUCACUCUCUUCGUGUCUAGGACUUCUGAAGGUGGCACCGAGCUCCUGGCCCUGUCUGCCAAAGGCCGCCUGAUGAUUUGCAGCCUGGACCUAAAUUCAGAGGCGCCUGGCCCCAGGAUGACCAGGGCCAGCACAGGCCAGAAAAUUAAGGAACUGCUCUCUGGAAUUGGCAAUGUCUCUGAGAGAGUGUCUUUUCUGAAGAAAGCAGUUGACCAGCGGAACAAGGCCCUGACAAGCCUCAACGAGGCCAUGAAUGUGAGCUGUGCACUGUUAUCCAGCCGGGAGGGCCCCAAGCCCAUCUCCUGCACGACCACCACAGACUGGAGCCACCUACAGCUACAGGACGUGCUGACAGUGACCUGCCUGCUAGAGAACAGCAGCACCUUCAGCCUGGGCCAGGGCUGGGCCUUGUGCAUUGAGGUGCUCACCAGCUCCUCUGCCCUGGAUCUGGACUCUGCCGGCUCAGCCAUCACCUACACCAUCCCCGUGGACCAGCUCGGCCCUGGCAGCUGGCGGGAGGUGACACUGCCUCUGGGCCCAGGGGAGAACGGCACAUUCGACCUGCCUGCCACCGUGUCCUGCACACUUUUCUACAGCCUUCGGGAAGUUGUGGGUGGUGCCCUUGCCCCCUCAGACUCUUUCGAGGACCCCUUUUUGGACGAGGAGCCCCCUGACUUCUUACCCGAGCAGGAGGGCGUCUGCCUGCCCCUCAGCAGACACACGGUCGACAUGCUGCAGACCCUCCGCUUUCCUGGCCUGGCCCCAUCCUGCACACAGGCCUCUGCUCUGCUUAGCCCAACGGACCCCGUGGAUACCUUCCUGGCAGCUUGUCGAGAGCCAGGCAGCCAACUGGCAGGACCUUCCUCCCUGAGGGCCGCGUACCUGCCCCCAUCAGUAGCCUGCAUCAAGGUGUCUGCGGAGCUACUCAGGGCUGCUCUCGAGGACGGCAGCUCAGGUGUGCCCCUGUGCUGUGCCACCCUGCAGUGGCUGCUUGCUGAGAAUGCCGCUGUGGACAUUGUGAGGGCCCGAGCACUGUCCUCCAUCCAGGGCAUGGCCCCAGACGGUGCUGACGUCCAACUCAUCGUCCGUGAGGUGGCUGUGACUGACCUGUGCCUGGCAGGGCCCAUCCAGGCCGUGGAGAUACAAGUGGAGAGCUCGUCCCUGGCUGACAUGUGCAGGGUGCACCAUGCUGUCAUCAGGCGGAUGCAGACCAUGGUCAAGCAGCAAGCUGCCCAAGGCUCCAGCCCACCUGACCUCCGCAUACAGUAUCUCCGUGAGAUCCACACCAACCACGAGACUCUGCUGCGGGAGGUACAAGCCCUGCGUGACCGGCUGUGCACGGAGGAUGAAGCCAGCGCAUGUGUCACUGCCCAGAGGCUCCUGCAGGUGUACAGACAGCUGCGAAACCCCAGCCUCAUCCUGCUGUGACCAG